ACCUUGCCUUCGCAGAGCAUCGCAUCUGUGUAGGGACCGAGACGAUAGCUUGUUCCUGCCAGUUGUAGAUCGAAACGGGGCUGUACAAGAAACUCUGGAGCCGGUGGUGGAUAAUGAAUGCCUGCCACUCUUGACUUCUGUAGACAUGCUCGUGUUCCUACCAAGUACGUGACACUGGGCAGCUGUCAAACCGUGGUGCCAGUUGUGGCUUGUUUGUUGUGUUUUGUGAAAGAACAAGGACGCGACACAAUGCCUGGCACCAGUCGGGCAGGAGUGACGUCCAUGACCGCCCCUCGUUUUCACUUGGAUCUUCAGUCCCUUGGGUUUGACCAACGCAGCAGCUGCCUUCCCUUCCUUCCUUUGUCUUCUGGAAUCCCAGGGCACACCAACAUCAAAACAAGUUCUACCGAUUUAACCUUCUCUCCUGUUGACUUCCUCUUUUGCUUUUUCUGAACUGGAACACGACUCAGCUUUUGAUACCCCCAAGCACAUACUCUCACCAUCUGUGUGCAUAAUCUUCAAACAACCUCACGACCACGCCGUCUUCGUUGCUCACCCCGACAAUAGUAUCGUACCUCUAGACUCAGUCCGCGAUGAGGAUCGCAAAGACUUUCCUCUCCCUGGCCCUUGUGGCCGACGCUGUCUACGGCAGCUCGUGGUUUUCCAAUGCUGCCUACAACAAAUGGCACGAGACUGAGCUCGAGAGAUGGCUUUCCGACCACGAUGUCCCCUAUCCUACACCCGCGGACCGCAAGGAGCUCGAGAAGCUCGUCCAGUCCAACUGGGAUAACCAGGUGGUCGCUCCUUACAAGGAGUGGGAUACUGCCAAGCUCACCGACUACCUGAAGCAGAAGGGAAUCGAGACCAAGGACUCCGCCGGUUCCACCAAGGACUCUCUCAUCGACCAGGUCAAGGGUGUCUGGUAUGAGUCUGAGGACAAGGCUCACAACUCCUGGCUCAACGUGAAGGACUGGAUUCUGGACUCGUGGACUGACAGCCAGCUCAAGGCCUUCUGCGAUCGCCAUAGCAUUCCAGUCCCCCAGCCCCGUAAGCGUGAUACCCUUCUCGAGAAGGCCCGUUCUAGCUACGAGACCAUCGCUCAAAAGGCUGGCGAGACUGCUGCCUACCCUGGUAACUGGCUGUAUGAGACCUGGUCUGAAUCUGACUUGAAGGAGUGGCUUGAUACCCAUGGCAUCCCUGCUCCUCAGCCCACCACCAGAGACAAGCUUAUCGCUACUGUUCGCCGCAACUCCCGCCUUGCCUAUCUCCGCAUGAAGGAGCAACAGGCCAGUGCCACCUCCAGCGCCCAAGCUGCUUAUGCGACCCUGACCGACAAGCUCAUCGAUGCCUGGAGCGAGUCCCAGCUCAAGGACUUCUGUGACAAGAACGGAAUUCCCGUACCCCAGGGCACCAAGCUCAACCAGCUUCGUGCCCUUGUCCGGAAGCACCGCGCCGAUCUCCUUGGUGAUACCCUUUCUGCUUCUGCUUCUUCGGCUUUUGGUGCUGCUACCUCUAACAUCGGCUCCAACUAUGCCAAGGCCACUGACGCCGCUUCCCAGGCUGCUGCGGAUGCUUUCGACAAGGCUAUCAACACGUGGUCUGAGACUCGCCUCAAGGCCUAUCUCGACGCUCGCGGUGUCCCCGUCCCCCAGGCUUCCAAGAUUGAUGAGCUCCGCGCCCUGGCCCGUAAGCAUGCCCACAAGGCUGCUUCUGGUUACACUGCUUGGACCUUCGAUGACUGGACCUACGACAACUUGAAGGACUAUAUUCUUGCCCACGGUGAUGCCGCUGGCAAGAAGGUCGCCAACCAGGCCGGUGUUACCCGUGACCAGCUGCUCGCCGCUGCUCAAUCGGGAUAUGCCUCUGCUUCCGCUGCCGGUGGCGAUUCUUACGCCUCAGUUACUAGCUACCUCGCUAAGGCUACCGACUCUGCCAAGGCCCAGACUUUUGACACCUGGAGUGAAAGCGAUCUCAAGGCUUACCUUGAUAGUUAUGGCGUACCUGCCCCCCAAGGUUCUACUCUCAACGAGCUCCGUGCUCUGGCCCGCCGUCAGUGGACCUACUUCAAGUACGGAACCUCGACACCGACCGAGACCGUCUUUGCUAAAAUCGGAGAGAGCGCGAAGGCCGGUUGGGAUUGGAUCAAGGGUCAGCUUCAUAUUGGUGCUGAUGCUGCCCAGAAGCAGGCCAUCAAGGCCGGCGACAAGGUCAAGGAAGGUGCUGAUUCCUACCAGAAGGGCGCCGAGAAGGUUGGCGACAAGAUCAAGGAGGAGCUCUAAGUUCACCUGAUCUCGUGAUACCCCAUGUCUCCUAUCAGAGAUAUUCGAUACCUUCACCAUACGGUGAAGAUGCGCCCAUGACUUGUGUGAUGAAGUGACGAGAACUUUCACAACCUAAUAUCAGAGGAUGGAAAUUUUGGUAAUUAUUUACCCCACUCGGAGGGCGAAAAUGACACAGACAGGGGAGUCAUGGGCUGAUUGUGAUGCAGUCUAGCAUUUAUCAUGGAAGGUUGAGUGAUUCGGAAGGUACAAAGGAUUAUUUCCAAGGCAGUCCUGGAGUUUGUCGUUAUUUUGAUAUUAGUAACCCAUGAAAAUUUUAUGCAUCGGUUGUAUCCUUGAAGAUACCUUCAUUGUGCCGAUCUCGU